CGUCGUUGUCGUACUGGUCGUGGCCGAUGCUGCUGUUGCUGUUUCUGCCACUAUUGCUGCCAGCUUCCGCCGAUAUGGACAGCAUCGCGGUGACGCUACGCGCUCCGUGGCCGUUUGGCAAUUGUGUCAGAGCUCGGGCAAGGAUGUGUGCGAUCGGGCGUACCCGGUGAUCGACAAACUACGCGCGCGUGGUCCAUCAUUUCCAUCAUUCGCCAGUCGGUGCCUUAAGCUGUGGCUGAACAGAGACGCGUAACCUGAACCCGGCAACUUAACGUUCCUAUCCGCUCCUAAGCGAACCGUGUGAUACUGCGAAGGUGAAGUGACUGGCCCAUGCAAACACACACACACACACACACACACAAACGCGGCCACUGAUCCGCAGCAAGCGAAACCAACAGUUCCUAAGUGUUACCCAACGAGCCUUUAUAGUUUAUCAACCAACGCUACCCGGGCGCUGUUGUGACGGAAAUAGUUUAGCACACAUCUUCUGUACUGUGCUCAGUUAAUGCGGCAGCUAAUCUGGGGCAGAAACCUUCAUUCAACAUGCGGAAAUAGAAAUUGUGUCAUACGCUGUGCCCUCCAGGUCACUAAUACCCUUACCGCAAAUGAAACGCACUGGGAUAACCGAACUGCCGGAAGCCAAACUAACUUCCUGCAGAAGCAGGUCGGUAAAGUUUUGCCAAAACUUUCAACGAGGAAAACUUCCUCGUCCCUGUGCGAAAACGUGAGAGAACGGAGGGAAAAUAGCCGAAAGGAUUACGCGAGCCCGACAUUAUUCUAAUAGUUUUGCUCUUCGCGCGAGCAAAUCGUAAGAAGUGACCGGAAAAAAAAGCGAAAGUCCUUAUCCUCCCCAUUUCUGUGGUCACUUUGAAGUGUGGUGAAUGGUGGUGUGUUUAUACAGUGGGGGCAAGGAGAGGCAUCUUAAAGUGCAAACACAAUCGUAGGCUGUUUGGUGAGUUAGUUCCUUGGUGAGCCAGUGGUGAGUUGGUGAGUGUGAGAAGUGAGCGAGUGUUAUUAAGUAUUUUCACCAGGCGUGUGGAGUAGUGAGUAGAAGUGAAUUUGAGGGAGAAUAAUAGAAAGAGAGAGAGAGAGAAAGAGAGAGAGAGAGAGAGAGAGCAAGAAAGAGAGAGAGAAAGCGUGAGACUGUAUUUAUAGCUCAGCAAUAAAUUGUGUGGGAUCGACCCUAUUCGAUCUCUAACGUGAAUAAAUAAUUGUUCCUACAAGUGAGUUCAAGGCUCGCGCUAUAUUCUACACCGAUGAUGUCGUCUAAGCUGCGCAUUAAAGACGAUCUUUACAAUCGUCUAUCUCCCGUUCAAACCGAUGAGAUGCUGUACAAAGAAACCACCAAAACCAGAAGUAGCUAUGGCUACGAUCAUCAAGAUUCUUGCGAGCGUCCACUGCGCUACGCAGAAGAUUGUCCCUCACAAACCAAUUUUCGCACGAAACAUUUAACCAACACCUCCUCUGCGGCCCACCUCCAUCACGACGCUGACGACGAUGGUGGUGACGAGGACGACGACACCACGGACACGGAAAUGCCACCCAAGUCGGCGUUCAUACUGCGGGCCCAAUUCUACCAGAACUUGUUUGCCGCCUCGGCCAAUCUGCUCAAGAAGCAGCGGCCAACCAAGCGGCAUCGUGUACCGGCGCCGGCCUCGGACGGUUUUGAAGCCGACGCGUCCGGCGACGAAACCGGACUCGACGAGAAGGCGGAAGAUUUGUCCAGUCCACUCGAGACGGCACUCGCCGGCGUGGGCCAGCUUCAGAAGUGUUUGUUCCCGAGCGCGCCCGCACCGCAUGGCCGGCCGGAAAGUAGCGGUGGCAACGGUGCCGUUCCGGAAGUGGGGUGUGAUGUUGACGCGCGCGAUGAAAUGCUGGAGAAACCGUCGAACGCGUUCCCGUGGCUUUCGGAGGCAACGAACAACAACGACUACACGAAGGGCAACAACAACCACCACGGUACGCCGCCCCAUCUGCAUCAUCCGCACCAUCCGCACCACCAUCAUCACCACCAUCACCAUCCGCACCAUUCCCAUCAUCUGACCCACUCGGCGGCGGCGGCGGCGGCAGCAGCAGCGGCAGCAGCAUCCUCUGGCACGCAGUCCAACGUAGGGCCGGCGUCUUCGAGCACCGGCAACUGUCGGCACCCGGAAGACACCAAGUGCCGGGCGUUGAGCUGUGGUGGCGGUGGCCCACCGCAAUCACCGUCCGCCGGUUCGAGCCUAGCGGCCAACGAGGGAGCCACUCCCGAUUCCAGCAGCACGACGGCGACCGCCACGGCUAUCCCGAACUUUAACCAGAUGCCCGUGCCGGGAGGGGUGCAGGGCCAGAACCCGACCCAGGGCCUGGUGCACUGGAUGAGCGCGGUGAUGGCCGAGCACAUGACGUCCAACCCGCACCACGAUCCGGCCGCCGUCGGCAUGCACUACAUGUGGAAUGGACCGGUGGAGCAAUGUGGUCAGCACACGAAGGACAUGGACACGUACGGUGGUUGGCCGGCACCGCGAAACCCAAUGUCCAUGAAGCAAGGAUACGAGGCGAAAAUGAAUCCGGUCGAUCAUCACCACCAUCACCACCAUCACCAUCACAACAACCUGCAGAAGGGUCACAUGAUCGACGAUGGCCGCCUGCUGGACCACCACACGAUGCAAACGGGCGCGGCCCAGAUGAGCCAGCUGUACGGGGCCCGCGGUUCCUCCAGCAGCAGCUCGCCGGGCGGGGGCCUCGGCCAUGCCGGUGGUGGACCGACCAAUCCUGCCGCCGCACUGCUCGUCGUCCCGCAGCCCAUCAACGCUACCAAGAUCGGUGCAACCGGGCUGCCGAACGGAACGGGCCGAAAGUAUCAGUGCAAAAUGUGUCCGCAGAUCUUCACCUCCAAGGCGGACCUGCAGCUGCACACGCAGAUUCACAUGCGCGAAGCGAAACCCUACAAAUGCUCCCAGUGCAAUAAGGCGUUCGCCAACUCGAGCUAUCUGUCCCAGCACACGCGCAUCCAUCUCGGGAUCAAGCCGUACCGGUGCGAGAUCUGCCAGCGCAAGUUCACCCAGCUAUCCCAUCUGCAGCAGCACAUCCGGACGCACACCGGCGACAAACCGUACAAGUGUCGGCACUCGGGCUGCCUCAAAGCGUUCUCGCAGCUGUCCAACCUGCAGUCGCACUCGCGCUGCCACCAAACGGACAAACCGUACAAGUGCAACUCCUGCUACAAGUGUUUCGCGGACGAGCCGGCCCUGCUGGAGCACAUCCCGAAGCACAAGGAGUCGAAGCACCUGAAGACGCACAUCUGCCAGUACUGUGGCAAGUCGUACACGCAGGAAACCUACCUGUCCAAGCACAUGCAGAAGCACGCGGAGCGGACGGACAAGCGGCCCCCGAUUGGGACGCGCAGCAGCAGCAGCACGGUCAAUCUGAGCGCGUCCACGCCGGGUAGCAGCAGCAGCUCGGGCAGUGCAUCGAACGGGGCCACGUCCAAUGGUGGCGCGGCCACCAGCAUGGCGGGGGAGAGCGCCUUCUGGCCGAAGGUGAGCCCCGAUUCGGCGGCAGCCACCAUCAACGACGUCAUCAACCAGCAGAACAAUCACCACGAGUUCAGCCUCACCCCGAACGGUAGUGCAACGAACGGGAGCAACGGGAGCACCGGCAAUGGGCCACAGUCGAACGGGACGGAUCACCCGGGAGGAGGGGGACCACCACAGCAACAACAGCAACAACAACAACAGCAGCAGCACCAGCAUCAGCGAGACGAGGCCGUCGACGAGAUGGUAGGACCGGCGGCCACCCGAGGGCCACCGGACAGUGUCGUUGGUAACGGUGGGAAUGCAGGCUCCGGUGCCGCCAAUCAAGCGUCCGCACAGCAGCAGCAGCAGCAGCAACCUCCACCCCAACAGCAACACAACGGUACCAUGAACGGUGGUAACCUCGCGAUCCCGCCCGUCUCGACGCCGAUGAACUACGACACCGGCAGCAUAGCGAAGGCGACAAGCAACUCGGCCUUCACGCCGAUCAACGCGAUGCCGCCGCACCUGAACGGCCUGCAGCACCAUCAUCAGCUGGCGACGCAGCGGCCCUCCUACCUGUACGAUGCGAUCAGCUUCCAGAACCAGAAGGCCGCCAUGUCCCAGAGCCCCUCGAACGCGUUCCCGAACCAGCUGAUCUCGCUGCACCAGAUACGCAACUACGCGCAUCAGCCGGCGGGUGGGCUGAUGGCCGGCGAGCAUCUGCUCGGCGUUACGGUCGGUCCGGGCGGCAAGGAUAAGGGUUAAGAGCGGUUCCGCACCGGAACGGAUGUCGAAUGGAUCAGGAAGAAGGACCCCUGGCCCACAAGAAGUUACUUUUUAAAUCUGUACAUAAACGAUCACCUGGCGAUCGCCGCCUUGACCAUUCCGGGACGAGCAAACCAGAGGCUAAGCGCAGAACUAUGGUUGUGUGAUCGAGCCGUUGCCAUCCUAGACUUCUCGGGCAUUCGCAAUGGACAUAUCGGUUGGACAUACCGGCGGCUCCGAAAGCAAGCAAGCUAGGGUUCCGUCUAUCUCCCCUUUGUUAGUGCAUUUAUUUAAACGACAUCGCUGGUCUCAUUUCGUCCCGAGAUGCUGAUCCGGACUCCCUUCUGAGAACGCUGUGUAGUAAAUGUUGAAGCCAUGUACAGCCAUGCUCCCCCUUCCUCCACCUCCCCCUAAACGUGGCGAUAGUUACGCCACGAUUGCAAAAUAAUUACAGGACCGUCCACAGAUUGCUUCGUACGCUUGCAAACGUCCAGCUGAUCACGUUUCCGUUCCUUCUUUCGCCUGUAACACAAAGCGUCACGAUGUCGUCUAGCAACGAUGUCCGAAUGAUGUUUAGUUUUCCUACAUAAAACUGUGAUAAACCAGCAAGGUGGACAGGAAGGAUUGGUCCAGUCUCGCUUGAGUUUCCUUUUUUUCCCCUGUGUUUUCUUCCCUUCCUUCCCCCUAAUGCCAUCUUUACUGUCCUUUACUCGAAUUUCCCCGAUCGUCGGCAAGUUUAAUCAACCAUCCUGUAACGGAGGUCGUUGCAAUGCUACACAUUGCAGUUGCUGCAAUUUAUUAGUAGAAGGUGUAAAAAUGGGUAGCUAUUUUCCGUUCAAAUUGAAGGAAAGAUUAGCCUGCGGCACCGCAGUGAAUCUUUUAGUAUACUAAGCUUUGAAGCAAACAAAAGGUUCCUCAUAUGGUACUGAAUAUGAGAGUAUGUGUAAAGUUUAAUGUGAGCACUGCGUGCGAUUUAGGCUACAAUCAUCAAGGAAAUAUUGAACCCCUUUUGCCCACAACAUCUAACUUCGUUCGUACGAAAAUUUAUUGAAAAUUAAAACACAAAAAUCACACACACACACACACACUCACUCACACACACACACACACUCACUCACACACACACACACAUACCCAAACACAUCCCAGGAUACACAGUGGAAAAGGAUCCAUUCCAUUGAUGUAAGGGAAGUAAAACAAUUGAACAGGUGAACAGGACAGAAGCAGCAGUAGCAGAAAAGAGGUAGAAUAUGCCACCGAGCGAAAGCAACGAAAUGAUGAGCAGACACUACUAAGUAUAAGUAAGGAAAGGAUAUAAGUAAAAUUAAAUCUAACAUACAAAACAAGAGCAACCAAUCGUUGUGCGUGGGUAUGUGUGUCGAUGGUGCAAAGCAUAGGCAAACCGUGCUGCUAAGUAAAAUAUAUUAGAAACUGUAACUGUUAAGUAACGGAAUUUUCUGAUGCAUACACAUACAAGCAACACCACCACCAGGACCACCACUACCACCAUAGGGAAAGACGGUCUUUGCCGAUUCGGCGCUGCUCGAUGGUUAGUUGCUCUUGCGUUCGUGUAACGCAUCAUUAAAUGAAGCGUUGCGUUACGAUAGGGAACGCACAAGAGUAAUAUUGAUGGAAGAGUAAUAAUAUUUUAUAAUUUUUGAAUCAUUGUAUCUGUACAUCUCCCACGACGACACAAGAACAAACUAUACACAGACAUACCAACACACACAUAGACAGAUUCACAAACAAAAAAGCUCUAAACUA